GCGUAGGUUUAGACAAGAUGGCCGCCUCCAUGCGAAUGUUGUGUCGACGAUUAAUCUUACAAAACCGUGCCGUUAGCUUAAAAAACACAUUUUUCUUUACUAUUAAUCCUAUCAAUACUAAGAUACUUCCUUCAGAGACCAGUAUCCUCAAUAAGAAGUUCAUCUUUACGUCAUCAAGGCUUUGCGAUGAGGAACAAUUAGAUGAAGAUGAAGUGAAGACAGAAGAGAAAGUAGAAAAAAAAGAAUUAACAGCCGAGGACAUCAGUGCAGCUAUAAAUUACAUAGGAAGUGAAGAUUAUUUAGAGAAAUAUGGUGACAAGCCGGUGUGGGCAAAUUAUAGACGCAAUUUUAAGGGUGGGGUUCCACCAAAGAAAACAAGAAAGACUUGUAUAAGAGGAAAGGGUGAAACAUUGAAAGUAUGUGGCAACCCUUGUCCACUGUGUCGAAAUGAAGAACUGGUACUGCAUCAUACUAAUGUUAAGCUAUUGGAACAGUUUGUUUGUCCGCAUUCACUUGAGAUCUACAGUUGGUACAGGACCAGUGUGUGCCAAAGAAGGCACAAGGAGCUAACUAAAGCUGUAGAAACAUCAAGAGCUCUUGGUUUAAUGCCAGCUCCCCGUUCAACGUUCGUUAAAUAUGAUUAUGAAGACUACUACAAGAACAACCACAGUGACCAGUUAUCGUCAAUGACGUCAUCAUGACACGCCAUCCAGCACCCAGGGGUACAUCCGACAUGCUAGGCUGGAUGCCCUGAAGUUCUAAUGGCGCAUCUGUCAAUAGAAUACUAACUAUAAGUGGUCAAGGAUGUGCAAGUUAAUACCAAAUGUGACACAGUGAUUCAGGAAAAGUCUUGAUACAAGAUUCCAGAGUGGUUUCUUUGUUAUUGAGAAAUAUAUGCUAUAUCUAAUAUGUCAUUGUUCUAUAUUGCUUUUUACAAUUUUAUUUUAAACAUUCUAAUGUACCGCAUUAGUUGGUCUGUUUAGCUCUACAGAUUUAGGCCUAAAUAAGAAUCGCUUUUAAAAUAUAAAUUUCGCUUAUCAUUUAAGACUUAACGUAAGCUCGAUCGUUACGUCAUGCAACCUGUUUAUUAAGUAAAAACUUCAAUAAACGAAUAUUUUGAAUAAAUUUAUUUUAUUGGUGUUUCAA